CAGUGAAGGGAGGGAACUGGUUGCCUCCUUUGGACCAAAACUGGUGGAGUUUGUCAUACAACCACUUUGUGGCGGCGAGGCUUUUUUUUUCAGCCUAUUUAAUUUUGCAACAAAAUCACAGUAAUAGCUCAUCGGAGGGGGAUUUUCCACAGCUGAGUGAUGGGUGAACGCGUUUGUACAAGAAGUGUCACCAAACACCUCACACCCCAGAAUGACUGAACUGGUUUACCUGCGAUUAGUCUGUCACCUCACACCCUCGCAGGGAUCGUGAUUUCACUGACACACAGCACUCAGGAAUGAAUUCAGUAAGUCGUUAAACUCUGCCACUCUCAUCCAUGGAGCCAGCACGGAGUGCCUGGGCCACCUCGCCAGCCUCCUGUCUGAUCUGCAUCCUGGUCUUCUUCAUCACCGGAGGUAAUGCAUUGAAAUGCUUUGAAUGUAAAGAUCUCUCCGGAAAUCCCUGCGUGGGGGAAUCUGUUCUCUGUCAGAAUGGAUCCAAUGUGUGCAUCUCCAGCCUGGUCCAGUACCAGAUAGACCCCUCAUUACCUGGAGCUCAGAAUCUCAACGGGGUGCCUACCUGGCUAUUCCUGAGGGCCUGUGGGAGCUCGGAUCAAUGUUCCAACGUCAUCACACUGAGGACCUCAUAUACCAGAAUGGUGACCAGCAACCAAUGCUGCAUGAGCGACAACUGCUUACCUCCGAGACCCCCAGUGAUCAGUGAGCAGUCUGAGAAUGGCCUGACCUGUAUGGGAUGUUUCAAUGUUAUGUCAGACUCGUGCCAGGAAUACAAGUCCGUAAAAUGCCGCGGCAGCGAGCAACAGUGCUUCACCUACUCUAACAAGCACCUGGAGGGCGGUGGGUCCCUCGCCUUAUCGGGAUGCGCGACACAGACGGCCUGCGAUCUGGACCUCAACCAUGACGCUAUAAAGACGCAGUGCUAUGGGGGAUGUUCCAUCAAUCACAGUUCUCAGAUCACGUCCUCGCUAUCCAUCGCUGUCCUCCUCAUGAUUAUCUAUCUGUGCUGAGCUCCCUAUAGCGUCUGCCAUGCUAGAAUUACUUUGCGCUCACCUCCACAUACAAUUCAUAAGGACCAUGGGACGUGCUUAUAAAAAAAAAUCUCAGGCCUGGAUUCAACCUCGUUUAUUGGAUGAGCAAAUGACAACCAUUGUAAUUGAAUUUGUAUGUAUAGUCAAAACUUCCUCUGAACGUCAGGAUAAGGAUACACUGCAUUGUCUAAAUACAAGAGACACGUGUCCCACUUGGACCAUGGGGGUCUAUUUAUACAAAAAAGACAUUUGCACAGUCAACAUGAGUAAUCCGAAAAAUGUGCCUCAUAAGUGUAUUUCCUCAGAUCGUCAGCUCCAUCUAGUGGCCAUGAUACAGUAUUUUCCUUAAGUGUAGCGAAUAGGAAAAUAUACCAUUAUGGCCACUAGAUGGAGCUGAUGAUCAGAGAAAAUACUCUUAAUAAACACAUUAUGGGGAUUAUUCGUGAAUCAGAAACACGCGUAUUCAAUAAAAUUAUGUGAACUGUGCAAAUGCUGAGACAUUCACACAGCAAAGUUUUUUAUGAAUAGACCCCUUGUUGCAUUAUGUGUAUUUCUUCCAGAUCUGUGGAGUAAAGACCGAUCACUGCUGCUCU